GAUGAAUCUUGUGUUGUCAUGUGGAAGGCGGCGGCAACAGCAGCGUGGUAAGAAAGAUGGAAGUUGCAGAAAGUGCAAAUUCACUGCCCGAGUCUUGUGAAGGUGCGAUUUCUAUGCAUAACUUCUCAGAAAAGAUUUUGGAACAGGUCAUCCAUUUCCAUGUGAUGAAAAUGAGAGAGUGUUUUUUCCUUUGGGUCGGGACUACGCCGGUGUUGAACAAUUUGGCUGUAGCAAUGUCCAGCAGAUUCGAUUCUGUUCCUUUAUCUACUUUAGUCCUUGGGGAUACAUCUGACACCACAUCAAAUUGUCUCGCCCAGCGAUUAGCCAAGAAGACUGGCAAACAGGUUUUUGUCAGCUACAACAUACCAAGGAUUGAAUCAAACCUCACACUGCUGAUUGAAAACAGAAUUAAAAAAGAAAUGGAACUGCAACCUGAUAAAUUCUGAUGCAGGGAGCAGCAUGUAUAAAACUUUCAAUAUUUGCUCAAAAUGGUAAGUGCAGCACAGGAUGUGCCGUAUUGUAUGGCACUUUAUGUACAGGUAAGCUGAUAAAUCUACAGCUCCACAUCUCUUACCAUGCAGUUCCAUUUUCUUGUUUUAGACUGUAGGUCUCUUAAUUCCCAUCUGUGUUUUGUUGCUUCCUGUAAUUUAAUUUUAAAUGUCUAGAUGGUUGCCCUUUUCAGCAUCAUUAAAUCAAAGGCUCUUUAACUGAUGUGCAUGUAUAUUCUUUGAAAUCAAAACUUUGUUGUUUUAAUAACUGCUUUAUAAACUUAGAAGUGUACAGCA